GAGCGGGGUUGCACAGAGUAGAUGGGAUUAAGUGUGCAUCACAUAGCACCCCAGUGCUGUUUUGCUUUCUACUGAACGAAAUCAAAGGGAAAAGGCAGACUGGCUGCUUUGAUUGGAUUCCAUGUUUGGGCCUCCUGUUGUGUUGCCUAUUCUUUUUUUACUGCCAGGCGGUGUGACGUAUUGCCCUAGCCGUUUGGCGACCGCCCGCAGGGCUCCUGCAACGCAAAAAAGAUGCUCGUCACUGAGCCGGGUAAUUCCGUCCAGAGCUCCAUCCAAAGCCGUGCCGAGGGACCGAGCAACUACCUACCCUGCGUUGAGGCCCAUGCUCCUCGACUACCUUGCUCGUGAGAAGCUGUUUUGAUAUACGCCCUGCCCAGCAGUCGUUGAAAGGAAGUUUGAAGCUAUAAUGGGUGCCAAUUCUUCAAAGGAGUCACCACACGUGUGGAAAGGGUCCCAGCCAGCGGGUAUCUCCCAGGGCGUCCUCGAAUCGCUGCAGUCGAGCACCGAGACGGACGCGUCCCGGGCGCAGCUCGCGGAGCUUCAGAUCCAGGCCCGCGUCUCCGAGGAGCUGAGGAAGCUGCAGGCCGCCGAGGCCGCGGCGCUGCGGGAGGCCCAGGAGAAGCUGUCGGAGCCCUCGGACCAGGAUGGCGGCGCCGCCGAUGGGCCGAGCCGCUACACCCUCUCGCGCGAGGCCGCAGCCCUCCGGAUAAGGCUGGAGGACGAGAAGAAGAAGGUCCGGAAUCUACCUGACACGCUCGAGAGCGCUCGGUCCGAGGUCGUCCGCUGCCUGAGGGAAAACGACAGGCGGCCGCUGGACUGCUGGAAGGAGGUGGAGGCGUUCAAGGAGGAGGUGCGGAAGCUGGAGAAGGGCUGGGUCGAAAAGGUUGUGUCAUGAUGCUUGCCGUCCAUGGAGAACGCGCCCGCUAGCCUCGACUGUUUUUAAAAUGUACGAUACUGCGCCUUCACGCGCGGCCUGGCGUACGUGAGGUUGGAGAGCAUGUGCAUGUUUGUUUAUCCACGGUCAUGCCGACACCCCCGACUCCAGGUCCGAC